AGAUACCAAGACGGAACGCACUAACCACAGAAUAUCAAAAGAGUACCAUCUACCCCCAGCCCAUGCACUUGCAACCGCGCUCAAACCGCGUGACGAAAUAAUAAAAGCAGCGAGCUGGCUGAAUCGCUUGCAUUCGAGACAGCGCGGGCACGCGCCACGAUUCGAAAAAAACUUUUCCAAAUUCAAACUUUUCUUUUUAAAACAGUGUUCUAAAACUACAAACACGUUGCGUUCAAGUGCCAGUGUGUACAUCGUAGAGACUUUGGCGUGUGACUUGAUAUUUCAUUUUAAAGCUCCUAAAGCCAAGAUGACUCUAGAACAGCCUGCUGGUGAGAUGUGGCAGAAGAUCCGCGAGGAGCUGAACGAGAAAGCGGACACUAAGGAUGCUGACCUGGCCCAUAUCAAGGAGUGGCUCAAGAAGGAACCUCAUCUUCCUGAUGAGUUCGAUGACCAGCGUAUCAUGACCUUCCUGCGCGGUUGCAAGUUCUCCCUGGAGAAGACCAAGCGUAAACUAGACAUGUACUUCACCAUGCGUUCGGCCGUGCCCGAGUUCUUUACCGACCGCGAUGUCACCCGCCCAGAGCUCCAGGAGAUCCUCAAUAUUGUGCAAAUGCCGCCUCUGCCUGGACUUACUCCCGAGGGUCGCCGUGUCAUCUUAAUGAGAGGCAUAGACAAAGACAUCCAAACCCCGAACGUGGCAGACGCAUUCAAGCUGGCGCUCAUGCUGGGCGACGUGAGGCUAAAUGAGGAGAAGGAAGGAGUAGCUGGAGACGUUUACAUCCUCGAUGCUUCCGUGGCCACGCCUACACACUUCGCCAAGUUCACGCCAACGCUGGUGAAGAAGUUCCUCGUGUGUGUACAGGAAGCCUACCCAGUCAAACUGAAGGCAGUCCAUGUGGUCAACGUGUCGCCAUUGGUCGACAAGAUCGUCAACUUCGUCAAACCUUUCAUCAAGGAAAAGAUCAGAGACAGGAUUCAUCUUCAUUCCGAUAUCAAUGAGCUCUACAAGCACGUUCCUAAGGAAAUGCUUCCCACAGAAUACGGUGGGAACUGCGGCUCCAUGAAUGAUCUACAUAAUUCAUGGGUGAAGAAACUGGAAGAGUACAAAGAUUGGUUCGCUGAGCACGAAAACAUCAAAGCGGACGAAUCACUCCGGCCAGGCAAACCCACCAACUACGAUGAGCUCUUUGGCAUCGACGGUUCCUUCCGUCAACUUGUCAUCGACUGAUCAGUGGCGAAGACGUAAUCCUAGCUGAAAGCGACAUAUGAUCUCCAAAACUAUAAUAAGACUAGUGAUAGUUACUGUGGUAGCUAUUUUUUAUAUUGUAGCUCUGUUUUGUUUGUCGCUUCAGUUAGGAUAUAGCCUAACGACGAAUGGGAACGAUCUUAUUUCAAAAAUAACAAUGUCUUUCUGGUCAUAAGGCUCCAAUUGAUCGGUUGUUGGAAAGCGCCGUUAAACAUAACAAUAGUUUUCAUGUUAUUUUAUUGUCUAGAAGGACCGUCACCAUUCGUGUUUGGCGUUAGGUAUCAUUUUUAAUACUCGGCCAGAUUCAAAAGACUUUGUCAUACAAAAAAAACUCAAAUUGAUGUCUUUCUAAUUUGGCAAUGUAUUAUUAGCGUCUCUCUACUGUCGCUUUUCUUAGUUACCAUUUAGUCUAUUUGGUGCUCUUGUAUUAUAUGGACCAAAUAUUUUGUGGACCAAAGCUAAAGGUCCUUGCUCAAUGAUUGCGGUGAUAUGAUUGAUGUUUGCUUUGAAUAUUUUAGGCGUUUGGACCAAUAAAUACUCUAUUUU